UGCAUCAAAUAAUCGUGACCAUGCCACUCCACUCAUUAAUAGUUUUAAGUUUUGUUGCAAAUCUUCCACUCUGUGCAAAUGUGCUUCUCCCCUUUGAAAUCGGAUUCAAUCCAGACGACAUAAAAUUCUAUCUAAUACAAAGUAUAAGUUUCAAACAAGAAAUUAAAUACGGGGAUGAACUAUCGCUACGCAACAGUUUCUUUAAACCAGGAGGAUUGACUGUUAUUAAUCUUCAUGGAUUCGUUAGUCCGAUGAGCUACAUUUUUUCAGAGAAGUUGAUUAUUCCCAUCACGGAGUCAAAGAUUGUCGACAAUUUUAUUAUCGUCGACUGGAGUAAGCUUUCAGGAAAAGUCCUCUUCCCUCCGGACAUUCCACUCGAGUACUUAGCAGCCAUAAAGAACAUCAAAACGACUGCGGAUAGGAUAACCAAUUUUAUUGCGUGGCUUACAUACAAUAAUUAUUUAAAUUUGGAUCGAAUUCACAUCAUCGGGCAUUCACUCGGAGCACAUCUUGCGGGUCGGAUUGGAACUGAAAUUCAAUUGAUCAUGGGAGGCAGGAAGUUACCACGAAUUACGGGCCUAGAUCCCGCCGGACCUUUAUAUGAUUCACCUUCAGAAUGGAAGAUUGACAAGAAUGACGCCUACUUUGUCGACGUUUAUCACACAAACGCCGGUUUGGCCGGUGAUAGCUCGUUGGACGGACAUGCAGACUUUAUGCUAAAUGGCGGACACUUUCAACCGGGCUGUGACAUCAUUUCGGAAUUUGAUGGUUGUAGUCAUACUUUUGCUAAUUAUUGGUUUGCCGCUACUUUUCGAAAGGCUUACAUCGGAUGCCAAUGUUCGAGUCGUGAGUUGGAUGCGGCAAAUUUUCAGACGUGCCGUGCACAAUGUCCGAAUCCAGUUUUUGCGGGAGUAUACGUACCACACACGACACGUGGUGAGUACCAAGUUGAUUUUCCUGCACUAAGGAGUUCCAGCGGAUGACAGAAUCUGGAGCAUAAUUUAAGUUUACAAAUUUUAUGGAAGUCAGGAAAGCACUGGGAUAUUUUAGCUGGCAAAUUACUUUAAUUAACGAUAAGUAAUAAAUAAGUACAUGCUUUUGUACAUACGUAUUUAUACCCAUACAAUUACUUGUAUUACAAAUACGAGUGUCUAGUACUUACAGAAUUAGAGGGGUGGAUACAGUAUCUAUGUACAUAGACUUACAUACAUAAGUGCGUUUUGCAUACUACACAUGCAGAUAUUUUUGAUGGAAUUUGUUCAGAUUUUAACCUUGCUCACCAUUAAGUGUAUACUAAGGGAUCCGUACUUUUUCGAAAGUUGGAAUUUUUUUUUCAUUUUUCACAAAUUUAAAAUGCUAAAUUUCUCUUUUACGCCCCUGCGCACAAAAAGGUUUUUACAGGUAAACUUCAAACCGCAUUCAGUUGAGCAUAGUGUGUAUCUAAUUUCGGGAUUAAAUUAACGACCCCGGUCAAGGGCUGGUGAACAAUCAUGACAAUUUUUACUACAUUGAAGCGGUUAAGGAUGAGACGCGAAUUUGUCACUGUUUGUAACCAAGAACUUAAUCAGCAUUCUAUUCUAUGUUGCAUGUAGAGAUUUCAUGCAGGUCAAAGUUCGAAAAAAUGUGCACAUAUAUAUUAAAAUAUUUAUCUCAAACUAAUUUAUGUAAA